AUGUCACCACAUCGGAUCUGUGGUACAUCUGAAUCUGAGUUUUCACAUCCAGUUCUCAUUCCAGAUGUUAUCCUAGAAAAGUUGGAUGAAGAUAGUGUUUCUCUACGCUCAUAUCAACAAUACGUUCAAGGAAACUAUAUGUCUCCUAAAAAGAAGAUGAAGCACUUAGGUCAUGCAGCGAAGAAGCCGACAAAGGAGAAGAAGCAAUCAAAUUCAAAUCAUCUGCCUUAUAUUCCCUCUCCAUACAUAUCUGAAGAUAAUCUUGGAGCAGAUUUAGAUGAGACCACAUCUCCUCAUAAAUCCGGUACAACCUCUAAGCCACUCCCUUUCUUAGAUUCCUUGUUUCAAGCUCCAUUUGAUUAUGCCGAAUCAUCAUCCCCAGCUCCAGUUUCACCAGCAUUCUUUCAGUCGGAUCUAAAAGGUCCAAGAAAUCGUGUCUCCUUGGUUGAUUAUGACUCAAACGAGGACAAUGAACAAGAAGGUGAAAAGCAAUUCGAAAUUGAAGAUCUCACUAAAAGCUCUCUAGUACAAGAUAAUCAAGAUGAAGAUACUCAUAUGCAGACGGUAGACAUACCUUCCCGUGGAGGACUGAUAGUUGAUGAUGAACCAAAUGACAUGUCAAUCGUUCUAAAGUCCAAAGCAUCUACCAGAACAUUGAGCAUUGAUCUUGAUGAUUACUCUCCAUCACCACAAAAUGAUUCUCAAGAGAAUGAUUAUACUCAAUAA